AUGCCUGCCGCAAGUCCUGAUAUGGACUCAUGGGAUUGCCAUGUGCAUUGUUUCGAUCCGGCCAAAUACCCUUACAAGACUCCUCGAUCCUACACGCCACGACCAGCACCACUGGGCGUACUCCGCCAGAACCUCCUCACGAAGAAUGUUAUGCUAGUUCAAGCUACCAUUGAGCGGGACUUCGCCGGGAUCCUAGCGAAACUGGAAGACUGUCGGACAGCUGCCUUCGAAUUCCCUGGAAUGGUGCGAGGCACCAUUUUGGCCGGCCCUGAAAUCUUCGCCCUGUCUAAUGAGAAGGUGAAGCGAAUGCACCUUCUGGGUAUUCGUUGUAUUCGACUACACGGGUCGUAUGGCGGAUCAGGUCAUGACUUAGGAUGGGUGCAAAACGAACUGCAGGCACUGGCGGCACUCAAACCUGUUCGAGAGUACGGCUGGGCUAUCUCUGCUCAAUUGCCACUUGAGACAUGGUCUCACUUGAAACCAUUCAUUUUGUCAGAUCCACACCUGGCUGGAAUCACCAUCGUGGCUGAUCACGUAGCCUGCGCUACUCCUACGGACUAUGGAAGCUCGGCAUUACAAGAUUUCUUAGAACUUCUUGGGUCCGGGAGAGUGUACAUCAAGAUCUCGGCACUGCACCGUCGCAGCCCAUCCGAUAUCCGCGCGAUGGAGCCUGUCGUAUGCAUGCUUGCGCAAAACGCGCCACAAGCCUUGCUGUGGGGAAGCGAUUGGCCACAUGUGAACACAUCGCACAACGACUUCGAAGAGGGUCCGCUUGAGGGCGCGGACGCAUCGCAUGAAUUGGCUGUUGUUAAGAGCUGGCUGUCGGAGAAGCAAAAGCAGUGUAUGCUUGUUGAAAACCCUCGACGUGUUUUCGGUAUCUAAACUACAUGGACCUAUACAGUUGUUUGGAAUGAUAUCGGCACUC